UUAGAGGGAGGGAGCAAAAAAAACAACAAGAAUGGAGAGUGCCUAUCCAUUCACUAUUGCCAUACUCUUUGUGGGGUUAUAUUUUGCCGAUAAAUUUCAUGUGGCAGAUGCUGCUGCAGUCUGGUUCCCAGCCCAUGCAACAUUCUAUGGUGGGAGUGAUGCUUCCGGUACAAUGGGUGGAGCUUGUGGUUAUGAUAAUCUCUAUACAGAUGGUUAUGGAAUAAAUACAGCUGCACUCAGCACAGCUUUGUUUAACGAUGGCAAGUCAUGCGGAGGCUGCUAUCAGAUAGUUUGUGAUGCAACAAAGGUACCUCAGUGGUGUCUCAAGGGUAAAUACAUUACCAUCACAGCCACCAACUUCUGUCCUCCGAACUAUGCACUCCCAAGUAACAAUGGUGGUUGGUGUAAUCCACCCCAACCACACUUUGACAUGUCCCAGCCUGCAUUCGAGACCAUAGCUAAAUACAGGGCUGGAAUUGUACCAAUCCUCUACAGGAAGGUUACAUGCAGGAGAAGUGGAGGCCUCAGAUUCACCAUCAAUGGAAGGAACUAUUUUGAGCUAGUGCUCAUAUCAAAUGUUGCCGGUGCUGGAGAGAUUUCCAAGGUAUGGAUAAAAGGUUCCAAAACCAAUAAAUGGGAAACCAUGUCGAGGAACUGGGGUGCCAACUGGCAGAGCUUAAGCUAUCUAAAUGGUCAGAGCUUAUCCUUCAGGGUUCAAGUCAGCAACGGAAGGAUUCUAACUGCUCUUAAUGUGGUGCCUUCCAAUUGGCAAUUUGGCCAGUCCUUCAAAGCCAACGUUCAGUUUUAGAUAUUCCCUUAUUAAUAUUCUAUAGUAUUUUAUUGAUGUAUUUUGUUUUGCCAUACUCUUUUUCUUCCAAGCUGUAUUAUAGAAAGCCUCAUCAUUUAGGUUGUUGCUUAGCCUUUCGCAAUGAA